UGGCUUACCUUUUUUUUGCUCGCAAUGAAUCAACCUUUUUUCCGUUAAGGUUUUCCUUGUUUCUUUUUGUUCUCAGGUGAGAACUUGCUAUUGCUAUUGAUCAUACAACAAAAGAGAGCAUUGACGCGCAUAAAAGGAGCGAUAAUCGGUAUUUUUUCGAGAGGACGCCUCUAAUGAUGAUUUCGGUACGUCAAUCCCAUGUAGUGUAACUACUGUCCACAUUCAAUCUUCGAGGAGACGAAAGCAAUGAGAAGAACAGUUUUUUAGAGCACAGAUAGUAAAUUAGGGAGAGAGAGGUCGCACGAAAAAUAUGUGCGUAGGAGAGGAAAGAUCGAGCGCAAAUUUUUUUUCCUUUUUCUUGCUGAUACAUAGAUUUCCACUCCAUCUCGUGCUAUUUAUUGAAUAUUCAUUUAUCCUCCUCUACAGAGCAGGGCUCCUCGGACGGAAUCAGUUGGUGUGAUUACCAAGUGUUCUGCUACGACCUAUCGCGUUCGCGACAAAUUAAUUAUCGUGUCUACUUCUUGUUCUUGUACUAGUAAGUUUUCGCUUCACCAGUCAGAUUCUUGUUCGUCAAAUAACGUCUAGUCAUAAAUAUUCUGAAAGGAAAGUAAAAGAAAAUGUCGGGGAUGAUCGAAUUUCUGGAGAGGGUUCCGAUUUUUCGGACUCUCCAGAAGGAGGAUCUUGGAGUUAUUGCCCAGGGAAUGAAGCGUGUAUCGUUCAAGAGGGGAGAAACAGUUUUCGCGCAGGGUGAUUUGGGUGAUGCCUUCUACAUCGUCGCUGUUGGCCAAGCAAACGUUCUCGUGCGCCCAAGCAGCUUUAUCAAGGUUAGAGCAUUAUCAAUCAUGUUGUUGUUGAUGUACUAUAAUGUUGAGGGAGCUGAAGAUCAUGGUGAUGGUAGGUUUGCAAUUGUUCCUAGGAUAUUAACCAUACAAUCACAAGCACAACCUUCCUGUCUGUAGCUGCAGCUGUGCGACAUGAUUAGAAGUAUAUACUUUGAUGUUAACAAGUUUCUCAUACUUCUUCCCUCCUCCCAAUGUUGAUCCGAAAUAAAAACAAGGUUGGCGAUUAUGUGGAGCUGUUGACGGAUUUGACGUUCGCGGGUAAGAUCGUACCGAAAUCCACAUGCGCUAGAGUUGACAAGUACGACGCAAGCCGCGACUAUCCCUACACGGUCCGCGUUCAGGAUCCUAAAUAUGGUGGGCAGCGUGGUCGUGUUCUGCCGGAUGAGAUCGAUCUCAAAGAAGGCAAGCCGGAGCUUUCUCACGUCGCGAACCUCAAGCCGGGUAUAGAAUACGUCGAUCUUGGAGUUCAGUGUAGUUGGAGAUCAAGUAAAUGUCGCUUGCAAUCGUAAUUGUUAGCUACUGUAGCUACAGUUUCUUCCUGUUGGACAACCUCUAGUUCCUGAAUCAAGCCCUUGGUAUAUAGUCGUAUGAUUACCACGACAAGCAUUAAGACGACGGCCUUGUUCAUCAAUCUUUCUUUCUACCUCCCCUUUUUGCGACCAACACCAAAGGUGACUACUUUGGAGAACAGAGUCUGCUGAAGGGUAAACCUCGUAACGCGACUAUCAAGGCAGGAGAAGACUUGGAAUGCGGCAUGAUCGAUGCUGACCUCUUCAAGACUUUGGAUUUGGGGUCAAAGAUCGCCUUUGCCAAGCGAAAAGCAAUUCAAACAUUCGAUGCGGAAAAGAAGGAGCCGGGAGGUGAUACCACCAAGAGUGAAUCGGAGAUGAAGUUGAUAUUGGUAAGUCCUAGUUACUAAGGAUUAUCAGGUAACACUAACAGUAUCCAAACCAAGGUAAUAGCAGAACAUUGUUGAAUCAAUUGCUCAACUGUAGCCUUCUCAGCUGCUAGGCGUGUGUCGAAAUAAUAAGUACCGAAUCUGUAGUAGUCAUGCAAAACCUUGGUUCAACACGCCAGUCCUUUCGUUUGAACAAUGAUGUUUGAUAGCCGAAGAAGUCAAUAAAGAAUGUCAUAGAUAUCAUUUAUAAUGUUAAGCAUCAUACCGUAAGGAUUUAUGCUGGAAGCGGUAAGACUUAAAAGCUUCUCGCCCAUCCGGACAACAAACUUUUUUUCAGGACGCCAUUCUGAACAACAAGAAGUUGACGGAGAUUAUUGAUUUUGAGGAGUCGCACUUGGAGGCAAUGGUGGCAGCUGCGUGGAAGAAACCAUGUGCGCCUGGCGAUGUCGUCAUCACGCAAGGCGAUAUUCAGGCGGAGGAAUUUUACGUAGUGAAGGACGGUGAAUUCGAAGUCACGGUUCAAGGGGGCGCAAGUGAUUCCGUCGAUUCCAAGGCUUGCGCAGCGAAGACGGUUGGUACGCUGCAACCGGGAGCGUCUUUUGGAGAGCUGGCCUUGUUAUAUCAAGCUCCGCGCGCAGCAACCGUCACGUGCAAGCGGCAGGGCACUGUAUUUUUCCUUAUCGCUACUUCAUCUUCUACAUGAUCUAGGUAUUCGUAAUAUUCAUUGUUCUUCCAUCUAGCAUAUUUCUACUCGUACCAAGUCUAACCAGAUUCUACUCGUACCAAGUAGUGCGAGUCACUGUUUAGUAAUAACAGGGAUCAUGAUGAGGUGGAUCAGAUUCCUCUAGAUAGUCAGCAGAAGUGUUUUAUUCGCUUGUAGUGGGCUCGUGAAUCCUAACGAAAAAAUCUUUAUCACAUUCACAAUUUAUUACGAUUACAGCUGUUUGUGAUUGACCGGUACACGUUCAAAGAAGUCUUGCGCCGAGCCAACGUUGACCGCAUUCAAGGCUUCUUGAAGAUUAUCGAUAGCAUCCGCCUCUUCGACUGUAUGCUGGCAGAUGAGAAGGAAGCGGUCGCAAAUGCACUGGUGGAAACGAACUUUAUUCUCGGCGAAACGAUCAUUAGGGAAGGUACGCAAAUGAAAAACUAAACUCGCUGAAAUUUCUUUACCUUGAUGAGCGUCUUCAUCUUUUCGUCCUCUCAACUAUUUCCGUCUUUCACUUUUAGCGUCUUUAUGUCGUACCCCUUCUAUAUCUUCUACUUUUAGGUGAUGUCGGCAAUGCGUUUUACAUUCUGAAGAAGGGAACAAUUGCCUUCACGAAAAGGGAUAUUCACGACGGCGAAGAGAAGGUCAUUUCCUACAUGGACGCAUCCAAACCGGAAAAGGUACAUCAAUUUCCUUGGAGCGUUUUUGAAGGAAUGAAUCCUUAUUCACAACUACAUGAGUGAUCUGCAACAAGAAAAAAGUAAGCUGAUACUUGUUGUGUUUCCUAUGUCUUGCCUGCCUCUGCUUGUCUACCUCUCCAAUCUAUAGUUUGUUGUAUGACAUUCCGCAGGGUUGCUUUUUCGGAGAGCGAAGUUUGUUGAAGCAGGAGACAAGAGCAGCUACCGCGCGCGUGACUUCGUCUGAGGCUGUUGCUUUGGCUCUUUCCAAGGAUCGCUUUGAGGAAAUGCUUGGAUCUCUGGCGGACAUGAUCAAAGAGAAAGAAGGCAGCAACAACCGCAAGAGCAAAGUUGUUUAUGAAAAUUGCACUAAUUAUGUCAAUGUUCUUCAUUUAAUAUCAUCGAAUGUUGACUGACAAGCAGAUCCAAAUAAUCUGUUGCUCGCAGGAGUAAUCUACCAUUGGCUCACAAACACAGGAGAUACAAGCAAAUCUUGUCACAGGAAUCCACCAUUGUUACGCUGACACCCCGUUCAUGAUAGAAAGGAGCACAAGCCGCGUGAUAUGACCAGUAUCCGCCAUGAAGACCUAAAAACGAUCGCGUUACUCGGAUGCGGAGGAUUCGGUGCUGUUACUCUUGAACAGGACAAAAAUUCGAACAAGACCUACGCUCUCAAGCGCCUCAGCAAGGGUACUUCUAGUGCGUGGUAAAGAUGAAGAGAACAAAAUACUAUAUCUGAAGCUGGGAUUUUCAACCUUGAAAGCAUAAGUAGCAUAAUCAUCAACAUCUUGUGGAUAAUACUGACUUUAUUCUUAGUUGCAGAGGUGAUUUUGUUCUGCAUGUGGUAGUUAUGUUCCCUGUGUGCUUUAAGUUAAAAUAAUCCUUCUACCCUUCCUCAUCCUCGUUGCUACAUCUUCAACAGGCUUUAUCCUGAAGACGAAGAUGCAACAGGGAGUGCUCCGCGAGAAGCACAUUCUGGCCUUGUGCGACUCUGACUUCGUUAUCAAGCUUCACGCAACGUUCAAGGAUGCGCAGUAUCUGUACUUUGUAUUGGAGCCCGCGCUUGGAGGUGAGCUCUAUGCGACGUAUCACAAGUACCGAUUUCACGGCGAUGUAAAGAAAGCCCGUUACUAUUCAGCGACGGUGGUUUUCUGCUUCGAGCACCUGCACUCGAUGAACAUUUUGUACCGAGAUUUGAAGCCAGAGAAUCUGCUUCUCGACGAUAAGGGAAACUGCAAGAUGACGGAUAUGGGUCUCGCAAAGGUGCUCUUCAUUUUUUUUCACUCUACUUAUCGUGCAUGUUUUUGUUGUUUGCGCUCUUCAACAAAUGUUGGUGUCCCCGUGAUCUUGUUUUGUUGAUGACCACGACAUGACCACGACAGGUAGUAACCGGAAAGACCUACACGACAUGUGGGACCCCGGAUUAUUUCGCGCCGGAGGUUAUUCAGCAAACAGGUAUGGGCCGUGGUGUCGAUUGGUGGACUCUUGGUGUGCUCACUCACGAACUGCUCUGCGGUCACGCUCCGUUUGAAGCGAAUGACCCGAUGGAAACCUAUCAGAAAAUUUUAUGAGAAAGAUUUUUGCAAAAAAGAACUUGGUCGAGUGAGUGUAGAUACCUAAAAGUAGAUCAAGAGAUCCUGUCUCCUACUCGUACAAGAUCCUUAGAUGGAAAAUAUGAGUGUAUCACCAGAUUAUCAAGAUGACUCAGAUUUUUCUAGCGCAUGUCACGAGAAUAAACCAGAUUUGAAUAGUCUGAUGAUCAAGAUUACACACAGAGUACUUUCUAAGGUUCGUUCGCGGAGUGAACCGUGUGCGGUUUUCGUACAAGGACGCUGAUGCGAUUGACCUAGUAAAGAACAUGCUGAAGCAUCAGGCCAGUGAGCGCUUACCGAUGCGCGUCGGCGGAACGAAGAAUGUCAAGGGCCACGUAUGGUACCGCGACUUCGAUUGGGACACCCUUUUUGCACGCAACAUGACGCCACCGUUCAAGCCUACAGUGCGCUCAGUUACCGAUACUUCCAACUUUCGCGCCAACGAGUCGGAGAUGCCACCAAACGUACCGUAUAAGGAUGACGGCUCCGGCUGGGAUAACGAUUUCUAGAAGAACGGCUUCCUUGUAGGGCGUGCACGCCGACCUCCACAUACGCUGUUAUGAUAUAUCCAAGUUGCACUUGCACUUGCAAUUAAUUUGAGGAGAACCAGACGCCCUUUGAAUUUGAUCUAUAAUCUUGAAUAACCAUUAUUAUAUGCGAGCAGUCUUAUUUUAUUUCUGGUAGUUACCAGAAGCGUUAUACAACGUUGCUCUGCAUGGGUCCUUGAUUCAACGUCCUCAAAAUAUUUCAUGAGACUAGCACCACAUGGAUGCGCAUGGUAGAGACAGAUGAUUUCAUAUUUUAGUUUUGGCAUUCUCAUUGAACAGCCCACUAGGUAGAUAUCCACUGUGACUGAAUACCCAUAUUUACGGGAACAAGUCAUUUCAUUUUUACCAAAGAAAUCUGAGAGUCAGGCUCAUCUAGUUUCAAAAGAUGGUCGAUCGAUAUUAAUGCACUAGGUAUUUCUAGAUUCAUAGACUUGUGUUAGAUGUUAUUUUUAGUCAGUCUUUUUUGUUGGUACAAAGAUAUACAGAUUGUUCUUAGGUUCUUCGCUAAUUUCUACUUCAUCCUCUGCAGGUUAAAUUUUGUUUUUCAAACUUCAGUAAAAGUUUUACGUCACAGCAGAACCACCAGCAGUAGUUUUAGCAUAUUUUUUGUUUACCACGAGUUUGGGUGUAGUAAUGGAACGCCAAGACCACAACGCUCGCCGCGAAAGCGAUCGCAGUGUCCGAUGAAUACGCAUAUAUAAAUUGGAUAGACACGCGUUUGCGCCCGCUGCAGUUCUUGUGCGGGAUAUCGAUUAUUUUUGAUUCUUCGAUAGUCUAUUCCCAUAGUUGUAAAAGACAAGGAAAAUAUAGAUAAGUAUCACAUUAUUUGCAUAGCUCUUGCAGGGAAGCGCCUUAAAUAAAGUAGAACAAGUCCCUCGGUUUUCCGAAAUAGUUCCUCUGAGGUAGAAGUUUUAGUUAGUUGUUCGUGCGACUGUGAGGAGGACUUCUGCGAUGCGGCAGAGAAGAUGCGCAAAUUGAGCGAGAGCACGUAGUACGUGUACGUAGCUAGUAGAAGAUGAGACAAGAAUUUCCAUAUUGUGCGAUCUUCAUGACGUCGUGGUUUCAUAUGGUAGAUUUGAUAUAUUCUGCAACAUAUAUAUUAGUAAUAUGGGCAUGGGGUAAUACGAAAAAGAUUAGCAGAUAGGUUAGAUUGAUUCGUAUGCAUGUUCUUAUGUGAAGUGAAAAGUGCAAAGCGUGUUAGAAAUAGAGGAAUCACCUCAACGAGUCUUAGGGUGGAUUGAUUC